UUUUUAUAUAUGCCAACUAUAUUAUUACUAUGAGUACAUUUGAAAUAGGGUGAAACAGCUGGCAACACAUAGCCAAACGUCAAAAUUUCAGAUUGUUUUUUUUUUUGGGUCUUCAUAAAAAAAUCGCAUUUAAAAGAAAAUGUCCUAAAUUUGAUAUUCAUUCUAUAUUUUUUGGAACUAUUUUGUGCCUUGCAUUUUCUGUUUACAUAUUGUAAUUUUCAAGAAGAUUGGAUAUUACACAUUUUAUGUCAAAAUUAACAAAACCACAAAAGAUAACGGCGACAAUCAGUACAAAUGUGUUUAUAAUAAAACAUUUCAGAAAAUAAUUUGAUAACUAUACGAAUGAGCGUAUAAAAAAUAAAGAACAAUGUCCAUAUACUGUUGGGGGAAUACUGUCCAUGGGGAGCUCGGACUUGGAGGUAUUGAAGAAGAGCAUAUACUGAUACCUCGCAAAAUGUCUUGGAAGCCUGACACAAGUAUAUGCCACAUAGCAUGUGGAAAAUGGCAUACACUUUUUCUUACAGUUGAUGGAAAAGUGUAUUCUUGUGGUAACAAUGAUAAUGGUCAAUUAGGCCAAUUAGGUGAACUGCCAACGAAACGGCCACGUAUGUCUAAGUUUAAGCUUAUACCAGAGUUAAAAAAUUAUAAGAUAACAAAAAUCGCUUGCGGUGCACAGCAUUCUGUAGCUUUAAGCGAAUGGGGACAGAUAUUUGCAUGGGGUGAGAAUCACUGUGGCCAAUUAGGUUUAAGUCAACUUGAUGAUACGAUACCAACUCCUAAAAUUAUAAAGUUACUUAUACCUAAAAUAAUAAUACAAAUUGCUUGUGGAAAUAAUCAUACUUUAUGCUUGACAAGUUGUGGUGAAUUAUAUUCCUGGGGGAGCAAUGCGUUUGGUCAGCUGGGAGUAGCACCUUCAAAUGUAAAAAAACAGUCGAAUUCUCCACAAUUAGUUACAACAAUACAAGGAAUUCCAAUAGCAUACAUAGCAUGUGGUGGGAAUCAUUCGUUUAUUAUAUCAAAAUCGGGUGCAGUAUAUGGUUGGGGACUGAAUAAUAAAGGCCAAUUAGGACUUAGUGACGAAGAAAAUCGAUGCUAUCCAACGCAUUUAAAAACUUUACGAAAUUUAGCUGUACGCUAUAUAUCCUGCGGAGAAGAAUUUUCUACAUUUUUAACAAAUGAUGGAGGAGUAUUUACAUGCGGAAGUGGUGCUUAUGGUCAAUUGGGCCAUGGCGGUAAAUCCAAUGAAGUCUUGCCGCGUAUGGUGUGCGAACUUAUGGGUAGUACUAUAACGCAAAUUGCAUGUGGUUUACGACAUACUUUAGCUUUAGUGCCGUCUCGUGGUCGAGUUUACGGCUUUGGCCUUGGAUGCUGUGGACAAUUAGGUUCGCGUGUUACUAAUAGUGUUAGUGUGCCUCAAGUUGUGAUAGGACCUUGGGUCUCACCAAGUGGAUCAGCCUUAAUCAAAAGCGAAAAUAAGGAUAAUGUUUCAAUUAAAGAAAUAUUUUCCGGUGGAGAUCAAUCACUUUGUAUAACGACUGAUUUUGAAAGCAAAAUUCCAUCCGUAGAUUUCCGAAUCUAUAGUUCUUCAACUCAAAUAUUGGAAAUCACCAACGAUUUGGCUAUGCAGUGUGCUGCAGUUCAGAAGGAUAUUUUAGUUGACAUGGAUUUAAUAACUAUAGUUGAGCAUACUUUCAAAAGUAUGGCUUGUUGGAACAGUUCAUUCCUUUUAGAUAAUAGCAAACAUUUUUGUUGCUCCAUAAAAAACAAUGGCGUAAAUUUUCUGGAUGCCUCUACUGUGUUUUCUUAUUUACGUAAAAUUGAAAAUGAAAGUUUAAAAAAUAUUAUAUUCGAAAAAAUUUACGGAGAUUUGAUGGAAUCAUUAACGACAGUGCCAGCAGAUUUCGAAACCUUACGUAUAUACUUAACAUUGCCAUUAUAUCAUGAAUUUAUAAAUUCUAAAAAGUAUGAAAAAUUGCAUACACCAUUUAGCAAUGCUGUUGACCGACUUACUGAAAUUCCAAAGAAAAUCAUUCGCUCUUGGUGGACCAACGCCCCAUGUGACUGGUUCGAAAAUAUUGUUUCUAAUUAUAAAAAUGUUGUGAUAUAUAUUAUAACAAUCAAAAUGCCACCAAAUUCUUCUAAUAAUCCUACUAAAAGAUGCGUCACCUAUAAUUAUCAUUUACUUACGGCAUUAAAUCUAUUAGGUUUUUUGCAUUAUAUCAAUCACAAACUACGGAAAGAAAAAAUAUGUUACGAGAUUUUUAAUUGGCCGGAACUUAUGGAAUAUGUUGAUAUACAACAAGAUUAUGUAUAUUGGUUGUUCGAUAAAUCUCCGGAGCAAUUCAAUAUAUGUAAUUAUCCAUUUUUAUUUGAUGCAGCGACUAAAACAACAAUUCUACAAACUGAUCAAGCAUUACAAAUGCAUAAAGCCAUACAAGAUUCACAUAAUGAGGCCUUAUUGUCAUGUUUUUCAAAUUGUACCACCAGUACACAAUACGUUGUAUUAAAUGUUACUAGAGAGAAUAUAGUACAAGAUACUUUACGUGAAAUACUCAAUUAUAAAGAAAUAGAUUUGAAAAAACCAUUAAAGAUAAAAUUUCAGGAUGAAGAGGCCGAAGAUGCUGGUGGAGUAAGAAAAGAAUUCUUUAUGUUACUCUUAAAAGAUCUACUUGACCCAAAAUAUGGAAUGUUUAAAAUAUAUGAAGAAAGUCGUGCACUUUGGUUUGCGGAUGUGACUUUUGAGGGUAGCGACAUGUACGUUUUAAUUGGUGUCAUUUGCGGUCUUGCAAUCUAUAAUUUUACUAUUAUAAAUGUGCCGUUUCCACUUGCUCUAUACAAGAAACUGCUUGAAGAACCUGUUGAUAUAAGCGAUUUACGCGAUUUAUCUACUGAAUUAGCUAAUUCAAUGCAGAGUAUACUUGAUUAUGAGGGUGAUGACUUUGAAGAAAUAUUUGAUUUAAAUUUUGAAAUAUCGCAAGAUAUCUUUGGAGAAGUAACAUCAGUACCACUUAAGCCUGGUGGCGAAAAUAUAAAAGUGACAAGCCUAAAUAGAAAAGAAUUUGUUGACUUGUAUAUUGAUUUCAUAUUUAAUAAAUCAGUGGAUAAUCAAUUUAAAGCAUUUCAGGCUGGAUUUAUGAAAGUUUGUUUGGGAAGAGUUUUGCAAUUAUUUAAACCUCAUGAACUUAUGGCAGUUGUUACAGGUAACGAGGAAUAUGAUUGGCACGCAUUUGAGGAGAGUUGUGAAUACAAAAAUGGUUACACUUCAUCAGAUCAGACGGUACGAUGGUUUUGGGAAGUGCUUCAUGAGCUGCCUGAAGUUGAAAAAAAGAAAUUUUUAUUGUAUUUAACUGGAAGUGAUAGAAUACCUGUACAAGGCAUGAAAGCUGUAAAAAUCAAUAUACAGCCAACAUCGGACGAUAAGUUUUUACCAGUAGCGCAUACGUGUUUCAAUCUGCUCGAUUUGCCUCGUUACAAAACUAAGGAAAGACUGAAAUACAAACUACUACAAGCAAUACAACAAACUCAGGGUUUUAGUAUUGUAUAAGUGUAUUUUUUUAUUAUCUUUAGCGCAGAAAGAACAAAUCAAAAAUAUUUAUAAUGAAUCUUCUACCAUAUAAAAUAAAAAAAAAAAAAUUUUUUUUAUG